AUGUCUCCGAUUGAGAAUUCAUCGUCUUCUUGGACACUCGAAUCCGACCUCGAGGAUCUAGACGUUGACCUCCAAGAUUCCGGACCCUCCGUUCCUUUGAAGAAAGUCCCCAACGGUGACAUUUUCGAAGCCUCACGCGCCGGAGACGUCGACAGGCUCCGAUUCCUUCUCCAGACCGGAGUCAACGUCAACGCUCGUGACCGCUGGGACUCCGUCGCUCUCUACUACGCUUGUCUCGCUGGUCACAUCGACGCCGCUCGGAUGCUUCUUGAGAACGGUGCGAUUUGCUCCGAACACACUUUCGACGGCGAUCGUUGUCACUACGCAUCUCUUAACCUCAGGAUUCGGAAGCUUCUCAAGGCCUUCGAGGCUCGUCCGCCUCCGCUUGCUCCCUUGCAGGCUUCUCUUAGGGAUACCUUCUUGGGUUGCUGCCACAAUCGGGCUUAUCUGAAACAAGCUUCUCAUGCUAAUAUCGAUGUUUCCGAUCCUCAGAGUGAGAUGGGUUGUUCCAGUUACUUCCCACCGGAUGUGAUAUUCUUUGUGCAAGGUAGACCCAUUGAAGCGCACAGAGUUAUCUUAAGUGCUCGAUCUCCGUUUUUCAAGCAAAAGUUAGAGAAUGAAUGGAAAGAUCGGAGAGAGUUCUCGAAAGAGAAGCUUUCGUAUCCUGCUUUGUGUAGCCUCAUCCACUUCUUCUACUCAGACAGGCUCGAAAUAUCGGUUGGUGAUAUGGAAGAUCUCGUAAGGAUCUGCAAAGUUUGUAAAUGUGAAUCACUGCAAAGAAUCAUCGAGAAAGAACUGAUUCACCAAAAAUAUGCUGAGUACAAAACACAUAGAGAUCUUGAUAACUCCAUGAAGCGGUUCAUCUUACAGGGGAUAUCCCUUCCAGAGGAAGACAGGCUUCCUGCUUCCUUGCAUAGGAUUCUGCGAGUUUCCCUUGCACAAUCACUUGCAGAUACCAGUGGUGAUGCAAGAGAUUCAUCGAUUGGGGUUACGAGACUUAGUGAUUCUGUGGAUAGCCUUGCUGAUGUUUCUGUUAAAGUUGAUAAAAAGAUUUUCUAUUGCCAUCAAGUCAUUCUAGCUUCGAGAUCAGAGUACUUUAGAGCACGAUUAUCCCGAGUGAAUGAUUUCCAUGAGGGUAAAAGUGGUUUGCCGGGUGAUACUCUUCCAUCUCUCGAAGAACAUGAUUUGAGCGCCGAGGCUUUCGAGAAGAUGAUUGAGUAUAUGUACACUGAUGGCUUGAAGGAGAUCAGUCCGAAUCAGGCUGAAGAGAUCUUUGAUGUUGCAUCUCGCUACUUACUGUUUCCUCUUAAACGUGCUGUGGCUGAUGCCUUGUUGCCUCACUUGGAAACUGCCACACCUGCAGAACUAUGUCAUUGGCUCGUUCUGUCAGAUAUGUACGGCGUGUUGAAGAUAAGAGAGUACUGCCUAGACUUGGUUGCUUGUAAUUUUGAGGCAUUUGUAGAAACCCGCGAGUUCAGGGCAAUGCUGUUAACAUUGCCUCCGCCAUCAGGGGACUCUUCACUUCGAACCACUGUUCCAAGUGCACCAGGUGCAAUGAUGACCACAGACCAAGGGAAUCUGCUUGAUGAUCUGAGAGAGAAAUGGCUUGAAGCAGAGGCUUUAGAGCUUGACAUGAGAGAUGAGAGUGCUUUGGUUUUUGAUAAGCGCCUCGGAAUGCUUGUGGAAAUGGCAGAGCACGAGAAAUCGGAGUCAGAAGCUGGGGACUACAAAGACACCAGCGCAUGA